GGCUGAUCUAAGUACAUAAGAUGACUAACAAAGUGCGACAAAGGUCGCUCAGCAAUGGAACUAAAGAAAACGAAAAGGUGGACGAGGAACAAAAGUCAAAAUAUUGGGAUCCCCUCAUAGAUGGUGUAAGAUGGAUAGAAAAAUAUUCCGAACCUUUGGAGAAAUUCUUUGAAAGAUUACCAGAAUUCAUAAGCACAUUUAUAGCAACGCUUGCUGUCUUUACAUUCGGCGCUACACUCAGAGGAGAAUGGGUGGUGAUAUUAGUCACAGCGUUAAAACAGGCAACUGGACAGACGCAGACCGUCCGUAACAUGACAACAGACGAAAUUUACAAACUAUUCACAUCAGAAAAUCUAAAGAUGGAAAAUUUCGCAUUUAUUUUCAUAGCCGCCCAUUGCGUGUCGUUCGGCACGUAUUUCGGAAUAGGCGGAUUUUUACACUGGUAUUUCUACGUACGAAGAAGGCAUCUGGCACAUGAGUGGAAGAUUCAGCCAACCAAAUGGUUGUCUCCAGAACUUGAGCGACACGAGAUCAUGAUUGGCACACUUUCUCUUAUCAUAACAGGAUCAUUCUCAGCGUUUCUCGCUUGCUACAUUUACAACGGAAACCCUUCGACCGUGUAUUACCAGUUUGAUGAGUUUGGCUGGUUGUGGUUCUUCCUCCAGUUUCCAGUACUUUUCAUUUACAAGGACUACACCACGUAUAUCCUGCAUCGUUUGUACCACACGCCAUGGCUGUACAAGAAUUUCCACAAACUACAUCACAAGUAUAAGCAACCGACAGCCUUCUCAGUAACUGCUAUUCAUCCCGUAGAGAUUAUGCACGUCCAACUCACUAUGUGCUUACCACUCUUUACCAUACCUGUCCAUUGGCUGUCCUUCUUCACUGUCGCUAUGUAUAACUACUACCAUGGUAUCAUUGACCACUCCGGUAUCAACUUCAAAGCUCAGUGGUGGCAGCCGUGGCAGCCAGAAGCUGAAUUCCAUGAUAAGCAUCACGAGUUCUUCCAUUGCAAUUUUGGCUUCAACAUGUCUCUUUGGGAUAAGUGGCAUGGGACCAUGAGAAAGAGCAAUCGAAUAUAUACUGAGGAAACGUUCCACGGUGAAGCUCCGGAAAUAGAUUCGCCUGAAGCUAAAAAGAUUAUCGAAGCAGAUCCUGAAGUUAAAGAGUUUGUUGAGAAAGCAAAAGCUAAUUUAAAUGAUAAAUAAAGAUUUUAUUCGAUAACAGAUGACAUUGAAUAAGCUGUAGAGGAUGUACUGGAGAAUAAACACGUAAAUACUUGUUAAAACGAUUGUUAAAGGGGUAGAUAUGUAAGUUAUUUUAAGUGUUC